AAGGGGUUGGGGCUGAGGGAACCGAGAACAAAGCGAAGCCCGGGCAGCCUCGCUCCUCGAAGCCGGUACCCACGCACCGAGCGGCUCCCGGCGAUGCCGCCGCGCAGGACUGACGGGCAAAUGUCCUGAAACACACAAAAAAACCCCCAGGAGAUGGACACAGUGGAGCUGGCUCAGGAGCCUGUGACCUUCGAGGAGGUGGCCAUGCAUUUCACCAAGGAGCAAUGGGCGCUGCUGGACCCGGUGCAGAGAGCUCUCUAUGUGGACGUCAUGCUGGAGAACUACAAGACCGUGACGUCUCUGGGUUUUCCCAUGGCCAAGCCAGACUUGCUCGCCCAGAUGCAAGAGGUAGCAGAGUGCUGGGGCCCUGAUCUUCAAGACACGGAGGAAAAAGAAGCCCUGAGCAGCAGCCAUGCAGCGAUAACACAGAAAAUCGACAGUGGGAAGGUUUCCGGAGAAGGCGAUGCCGACCUCGGAGAAACCCCAGUGCAGGAGGACCCUGCAGAAAGGCAGCACACCCACACCGAGUCUGGACAGAAGGGUGGCCAGAACGCGGACGUAAUUACACCCCUGAGAGACAAUGUGGGAGAGAAACCUUUCAAAUGCCUCGAGUGUGGGAAAAGAUUCACUCGGAGCUCAGACCUCAUUGUCCACCAGCGAACCCACACGGGGGAAAAGCCCUACCAGUGCUUCGAGUGUGGGAAAUGCUUCAACAGGAGCUCCAGCCUCGCGACGCACCAGAGGAUACACACCGGCGAGAAAAUGUACAGGUGCCUCGAGUGCGGGAAAAGCUUCACGCGGAGCUCGACCUUGACUGUCCACCAGAGAACCCACACGGGAGAAAAACCCUACCAGUGCUGCGAGUGCGGGAAGCGCUUCAGCAAAAGGUCGAACCUCGUCAAACACCAGCGGCGACACACCGGGGAGAGACCGUAUCCAUGCGCCGACUGCGGGAAAAGCUUCAUACAGAACUCGGAUCUCAUUGUCCACCAACGAAUCCAUACGGGAGAAAAGCCCUACCGGUGCUCGGAGUGUGGGAAGCGCUUCAGCGUGCGAUCCAAGCUGAUCCAACACCAGCGCAUGCACGUGGGGGAGAAGUCGUACGCGUACUGCGAGUGCGGGAAGAGCUUCGGGCAGAGUUCGCACCUUUCCGUGCACCAGAAAACUCAUAGAGGAGGGAAACCAGUGCUCCAGGGGUUCCCUUUCCCAGAGCCACCGUGGAUGGAACAAGCUGAAGAGCCACUGGACCCCAAUCCCCAGGGGGAGAAAGAAGGGGAGACCCUGGGAGACCCCCUUGCAGCAGGAUGUGCUGCCGGGACGAAGGAAGAGCCAAACCCGCAGCAAGAAAGUGCCGAGCGAGGGGGAGAGCACGGCAUCGCAGCUGCGAAAUGGGAAGGAAACAUUUUGGAGAGCCCUCGGCGGGAGGCAGCUCCUGAGAGCGAGGACGGGGCGGAAGGGGAUAAACUCAUUCCUUGUGGAGGAAACCAAAAAGCCCUCGAAGGAUCCAACGCCCAGUACAGAGCCAGCAGCAAGGAGAAGAAGUACACGUGCGACGAGUGUGGAAAAAGCUUUGGACAGAGCGCCAACCUUAUCGUGCAUCAGCGGAUCCACACCGGAGAGAAACCUUAUAAAUGCCACGAAUGCGGGAAGUGCUUCAGGCAGAGCUCGACCCUCAUCAUCCACCAGAACACUCACGCAGGAGAAAAGCUCUACGAGUGCCAGAAGUGCCUCCCGGACAGGUUGCUGCUCAUCCGGCACAAGAGGGUCCACGUAGGAGAAAAACUUUUUAAAUGCCAGCAGUGUGGGAAAAGCUUCAUUCACCAAUCGCAACUCCUCGUCCAUGAGAAGGUGCACGUAGGAGAACAACUCUACCUGUGUCCCAAGUGUGGGAAAUGCUUCAGGGACAAAUCGAAGUUCCUCCAGCAUCAGCGGCGGCACAUGAGGAAGCGUCGCUACAAGUGCUACGAGUGCAGGGAGGAGUUUGGGCAGAGCUCAGACCUCAACCUCCACCAGAGGAUCCACGUGGAGGAGAAGCUCUACCAGUGCUCGACGUGUGAGAAGUGCUUCAAGGACAGGUCCACCCUCAUCCGGCACGAGACGCUGCACACGGGAGAGAAACCCUACAAGUGUUUGGAGUGCGGGAAGAGGUUCACCCGCAGCUCGGACAUCAUCGUCCAUCAGCGGACGCACACGGGGGAGAAACCCUUCGCUUGCUCCGAGUGUGGGAAGAGGUUCGGCCACCGGUCAAAUCUCCUCCGACACCAGAGGAUGCACACGGGGGAAAAGCCGUAUAUGUGCGAAGAGUGUGGGAAGCGAUUCGCGCAGAGCUCGGAGCUUAUCGUCCACCAGCGGACCCACACCGGGGAGAAGCCCUACCACUGCUCUGAGUGCGAGAAGUUCUUCAGGGGGAGGUCAACGCUCUUCAGGCACGAGAGGCUGCACACGGGGAUCAAGCCGUACGAAUGCAGCGAGUGCGGGAAAAGCUUCGGGCAGAGCGGGGACCUCAUCGCACAUCAGCGUUUCCAUACGGGCGAGAAGCCUUACCAGUGCUCCCAGUGCAGAAAGUUCUUCAGCAACAGAUCCAGCCUUGUGCGGCACCAGCGGCUGCAUGCGGGAGAGAAGCCCUACAAGUGCCACGAGUGCGGGAAGAGCUUCGGGCAGAGCUCGGACCUCAUCGCCCACCAGCGGACCCACACCGGGGAGAAGCCCUACCCCUGCCUGGUCUGCGGGAAGAACUUCAGCAGGAGAUCCAACCUCAUCGUGCAUCAGAGGGUGCACGGAGAGCUUUGCAAGUGCCAGAAAUGUGGGAGAAGCUUCCAGCCCAACUCACAUUUUGACGUGACGGUGGGGAAGGACUCUCUCCAGUGCCCCCAGUGUGCAGAGGGCUUCAAGGAGGGGUCAAACCCUGUCCAACAGUAGAGAUAACACCGGGGAGAAACAGCUUUGUAAGUGCUCAGAGCAGGGAAAGGGUUUUGGGAAGAGUUGAGAUGUCCUGCUUGAAAGAGAAAGAGAAAAAUCAGUGCUUUUCCUAGGUAAAAUUCUUCAGUUUUAAGGACUGCAGAAAUGGGGGGGGGGGGGGGGGAGAGAAACCCACCUCAUGCAAAUGAUCUAAAGGAGGCUGAUCAGUAAACAAUUUUUUUUUUCCUUAUUAUUUCCUCUUAUUACUAAGUUUGCUCAAAGGGCUCGAUGUGUUGGUCCACAAUCCACUCACUCCCAUCGCUCCCCUGUCAAACUAUUCCAGGCUGUCUGUCAUCCCUUCGUCUGUCUUUAAAGCCCUUCCUUAAUUCCGUUGGCAUUUUCCGGGCUGGGAACCCAUCAGAGCCCCAAAGAUACUGUAGAAAUCUGUCUUCCCCUGCACAUCCUUUUCUCCCCCUUGUAUGUAAGGAAACUCAAUAAAAAAAAAAGACCCUCUGUCCCUAAGGAA